UGUAUUGUCUAUGUCGAUCAGUCUUAGUCUAGAAAAAAGGAGUGACGCGGACCGUGAGACAGUUAAUUUUGUACUCAUGACAUUUGAUGCUCUUCGAAGAAGGCUAUUGCAACUUGAAGAAGCCAAGGAAUUGAACACGACUGGUGUUAUCAAGCGUGCAGAUUUAGGAGCUAGCAAUACUAUGACACUCAGGGGUUCGAACGAACCUGAGAAGGAGAAUAGGAGUAGUGCCUGGGAUUGAGAUUGGUGACAUUUUCUACCUACGAAUGGAGUUAUGUCUCGUGGGCUUACAUGGACAGACAAUGAGCGGAAUCGACUAUGCGACUAUGAAAUGUGAAUCUCAGGAGGAACCUUUGGCUCUAAGCAUUGUUUCGUCUGGAGAAUAUGAUGAUGAUACAGAGGAUAAUGAUAUUUUGGUAUAUAGUGGUCAGGGUGACUUCCACAAGAAAGAUAAGAAUGCAACUGAUCAGAAGCUUCAAAGGGGUAAUCUUGCUUUGGAUAGAAGUUCACAACGGCAUAAUGAAGUAAGAGUCAUCCGUGGACUGAAAGAUGCUACUAACAAAAGCACAAAAAUAUAUGUUUAUGAUGGUUUGUAUAAAAUCCAAGAUUCUUGGAUAGAAAAGGGGAAGUCUGGUGGUGGCAUUUUUAAGUAUAAGUUUGUAAGAUUGCCUGAACAGCCCAGUGCUUUUGCUGUUUGGAAAUCAGUUCAGAAAUGGAAAGAAGGCACCCUUUCAAGGAGUGGUCUUAUUAUUAAAGAUCUCUCUUCAGGAAUCGAGAGUAUUCCUGUAUCACUUGUCAAUGAGGUUGAUAAUGCAAAGGGUCCUGGUUUCUUCACUUAUGUUCAUUCUCUCAAAAACCCAAAACCAUUUGGUUCAAUUAUGUCUUCUGAUGGAUGCAAUUGUAACAAAGCAUGUGUCCCGGGAGAUUUGAGUUGCUCUUGCAUUCAGAGAAAUGUUGGUGAUUUUCCAUAUAUUGCAAAUGGUUUUCGAGUAAGUCGGAAGCCACUGGUUCAUGAAUGUGGUGAAUUAUGUCUUCCGAAUUGCAAAAAUCGAGUGUACCAGUCUGGUUUAAAGCAUUACAUGGAAGUGUUCAAAACGAUGGAUCGAGGGUGGGGUCUUCGAUCAUUGGAUCCUAUUCGUGCUGGUACUUUUAUUUGUGAGUAUGCAGGAGAAGUUGUUGACAGAGCCAAGUUAAGUGUGAACGGGAGGGAAGGAGAUAAUGAGUACAUAUUUGAUACAAGCCGUAUUUUUAAACCUUUCAAGUGGAACUAUGAACCUAGCUUACUGGAAGACGGGGCUUCAAGUGAUGGCAAUGAAGAUUAUGAUAUACAAUCCCAUCUAAUUAUAAGUGCCAAAGAUGUUGGGAACGUGGCUAGAUUCAUGAAUCAUAGUUUUUCUUCCUCUUUCUUUUCACUUUCUCUCUCAGCAGUUACAGCUUCAAACUUAUGUUGUUGCUUGGUUGGUUAGAGACAGAGAAGUGAUGGUUAUUAAGAGCUUCCUGAACGAGGUUCUCGAGUUCUUCAGUGAAUUAAAUUUUUGAAUUGAUGGGUUCUUUGUCAAAUCUGUAAAUUUGGGACAAUUAGAGUUUAGGAGAAUUUUUCAAUCUGUAAUUCGUUGGACUAGGGUUUUGAAAAAUUUUUCAGGCUUAGGACAAUUUUUCAGGGUUCUAGAAAGUGAGAGGGUGCGUUAGGGAGGGAGAUUUGAGAAAAUUAGAAUAAAUUUGAAGUGAUUUGGCGAAUUUUCACCUAUUGUUGUUUAAAUUUAAUUAUUGAUUAUAUCUAAAUAAUUAGUUUAAAGAUGCUGCCAUCUCAGCAAAAUAUAUUGGUUAGUUCAGCAGUAUUUUCGUCUGAGAUGUGCUUUGGCAAGCUUGAGGGCACGCUUGUCAAAUUUUAAAAUCAUUCAGGGACUAUUUUAUUAAUAACAAAAGUCAUGUACUAUUUUGUCAGCAUCAGAAUCUUUUAGGUAUCAAUUUGGUAUUUACCUCUUAAUAAAAUUCUCUAUUUUUGA